GUCAGUCGCUGGUUUAGUGAGUAUUUGUGUCGAGGUUGCAGUUUGUUUGCUUAGGUACCUGCGCCAUGUCUGACCCGGUGAAGGCCGUCGAAGCGUCCGGCGCUGUGGUCGCCGCUGACCCGCAAGUUGUUGACGGGGAUUCUCCCGUCCUGACGGGACACGAGUCCACCGUGAGCCGUCUGUCAAAGCUGCCCGUGGUGGAGCAGUCCAUCAGCGGCGCCUCCGCCCUCUACGGCAAGGUCAAGGAUUCCAGCUCCCUGGUUGGCUGGACGCUGGGCAAGGCGGAGUCGGCCGUCAGCAAGGCAGUCGACGUGGUGACCCCUGUGACCUCCUGCCUGCCCCUCAAGACUGUGGACAGCCUGCUGUCCAAGAGCCUGGACUUCGUGGAGAGCAAGGUGCCGGCCGUCAAGUUGCCGCCGCAAGAGGUGCUGAGCAGCACGAAGCAGUUCAUCGCUGGCAAGGUGCAGCCCGCAGUGAACUGCGCCUGCGCCGUGAAGGACUGCGCAUGCGCAGUAAAGGACUACGGCGCCAAGAAGCUGACUGCCCUGACGGGACACGGGUCUCACGACCAAGUCGAGAAGACUGAUCACGAGAAACCAGCAUCUGAGAAACCCGAACUGCCUGAAAAAACUCCAUCUUCUGAAAAGAAAAGAAAUGAAAUUUAAUCCCACCUGUUCAUGGUUUUUGUAUACGUACCUGUUAAAAAUUUGUAUAUAUUUAUAUUAACAUAAUUUAUAAUGUACAUAUGUUAUGAUUGAGAAUGUACAUAGUGCAUAAUGUACAGAUGUUAUGAUUGAGAAUGUACACAUGCUUAUAACUUAUAGUUUUAAAAGAAUUAUAUUAAAAUAUACUAUUCAAA